GAGGCCGCGGCGCAGUGCAUCCUGGGUUGGCGUAGCCAUGGCGUCUCGUGUCCUCUGCGCCUGUGUCCGCCGUCUGCCCUCGGCCUUCGCGCCGCUGCCCCGGCUUCCCACGUUGGCCCUGGCCCGGCCGCUCAGCACCACUCUGUGCCCUGAGGGAAUCCGGAGGAGACCCGGGGCUCUGCAGCCGGCCUUGGCGCUCGCGCAGGUGCCUGGAACAGUCACACAUUUGUGCCGCCAGUACAGUGAUGCGCCCCCACUGACAUUAGAUGGAAUCAAGGAUCGAGUUCUGUAUGUCUUGAAACUCUAUGAUAAGAUUGAUCCAGAAAAGCUCUCCGUAAAUUCUCAUUUUAUGAAGGACCUGGGCUUAGACAGUUUGGACCAAGUGGAAAUUAUUAUGGCCAUGGAAGACGAAUUUGGGUUUGAAAUUCCUGAUAUAGAUGCAGAGAAGUUAAUGUGUCCACAAGAAAUUGUAGAUUACAUUGCAGAUAAGAAGGAUGUGUAUGAAUAAAGAUUCAGAUGUCUUUAUUCCGUGAAGAGCUUGAGUAUUUACUAUACACUGACAACCAAGAGUGAAACACACAUAGGAUUUUUGUGGCUGCUGGCUGGAACUUACUCCAGGUUAUUUUGGUAACAUUCCCCCAAGUUGUAAAUGGCUACUUUAAAUCCCAGGAUAGCUGAAGAAUUGGCCCAAAAAUGUAUGUGGAUUGUUUCUGCUGAAGAUGACUAAGUAUAGUGCCUGCCGUCAGGGCACCUUGACCUUGUCACUCCUCUCCCACACAUCUGGCCUAUUCACAUCACUCUGGAUGUGUCUCUAGUUCACUGGCUUACACAUUUAGGGUAUUUUUGCUGAAAUACUAAACACCUCUCUGCUCUAAGAACUCACAGGGAUGGUUUCAUGAAGGAUUUUGAGCCCUGAUAAGCAGCAAACUGACCGCAUACAGCAAUCCACACUGUACAAAUCAGAGAACAGAUAUAGAGUUGAUCUGUGAGUUCUGUGUGUAUGUUCAUGUGUCAAAGAAGUGCCUGCUUACAUUGUUUUCCACUUUCCAUACUGAGGCAGAGUUCACUGCUUUCUGUUUCAGCUAAUCUAGCUGGCAAGCUUGUUUGGGUAAUUUCCUCUUUUUUGUGCCCUGGGUGCCUCUCAUGAGCCCUUAUCCUUAUAGCUGGAGAUAGAGCUGUGAUUGAACAUUUGCUCAGAAUGCACAGGCCCUAGGUUCUAUGCCCAGCACUGAAAAGACCUGGAAAUAGCUGUCUCCAGCCCUUGUCUCCCGAUCCCUCUAGCUCAGCUUCUUCACAGUCUCCUCACUAUAUCCUUUACAGCCCUAACAGCACGCCCCACAGAAGGUCCAGGGGAACCUUUCAAGUUUCUGUGACAGAACCUACAGUCAUGCAAGCUAAAGCUGUUCAGGUGUUCUUGCUACAGUCCUGUAAGCAAGAUGAUGGUGAGAGAGUACAGAAGUGAAACCCACACUGCUGUCACAGAAAGGCAGCAUGACUGUUUGAAACCAAAGACCAGAGAGACAGUAACUGGGAAUCAUGGAGCUGGAAAGCACUAGGAAGAAGACAUUUGGGGUAACUAAGCUGCCCGUAUGUGAUAAGACAAAGUGAAAUUUCUUACAGUCGUUAGAAUAACUAUGCUGCCUAGACAUAGUUAGGAGUGAAGCAUGUCAGUGUCAGCAGCUGACUUUGAAAUGAUUCUUGAAAAACAAAACAACAAAAAAACGAAAAAAGAAAAACCACUAACUGAUGACUAGUUAGGGUGAGCCUUUGAGUUCACAGUACCAUUCUAUCAACUGUCAAAUGUGUCAAAAGGUGAGGGAAAGCUUCAAUAUACAUCUGAAAAGGAAGAUACUAGGGACUUGUAAUUGGAUGUCUGCCAAAGAGCCAAAAUAUGUAUCACACCUAUAAUUUCAAGCACCUUGAGUCCCAGGAUAGUCAAACACUGGGUGGGGUUGGUUGAACAGAAACAAACAUGUAGAAUAAGAAAAGUUGCUAUUUUAAGCAAAAAUAAAAUGCAGCCUAU